ACGAAAAACAAAACAACCUGCGAAAGAACACAACACAACCUCUCUCCAUUCAUGACGUUACGCGAAAACUCCAAACCUUCUCAAACUAAAACCACACUUCAUCUUCUUCACCAACGGUAACGGUAAACCCUUCUUCCUCCUCCUCCUUCUUCUUCUUCUUCUUCUCUCUGUCAACCCUUACUCAUUUCAAUCCUUCAAUAUCAUGCAUACAUAAAAUUUUGUUUGUUCCCACUUGUUAUAUCUAUAGCUAUCUCUGUAUGUAUCGGACUUAGGAGAAACCCGACACUGAAUAUUAUUGCCUUUCAAUAACUCUAGAUAAAAAGAAGAAGAUUAAAAGCCUUCAAUUGUUGAUUCUUUAUCUUGUUAUUGCGUAAUGCGCGGUACCAUGUUCAUGUCAGUGAACAAGUAAUGGAACUUACUUUCGUAGAUCAUUGUGAAACCAUGUUUAUUCUGUUUUGUGAACUAAUUCAGAUUCUGUACCCUCAACAACAACAACCCCACUUUUAGGCCUCCUCAAAAGUUGUGGUACCCUGUUCCUGUAAGAGAACAAACACUGGAACUUACUUUCGUAGAUCAUUGGCAAGUCAUGUUUAUCCUGUUUGUCAACAAACUCAGAUUCAGAUACCCUUUAAAAAUCCCACUUUUAGGUUUCCUUUGUUGUUUGCAUAUUCGUUCCUUGUCUCCUUAUGGGAAACCCAUCAAUUGGAACACCUCCCACAGCUUCGUUCGAAACAACCUUCUCCUUUCUCUCUUGGAAAGGUGCCAGUCCUUGCUCCAGUUGAAGCAGAUCCAGACCCAGAUGAUCCUCACUGGCUUGGUUCAAGACAGCUUUGCCGCAAGUCGUCUUGUUACAUUCUGUGCUUUAUCUGAAUCGCAGGCCCUUGAGUAUUGUACCAAGAUCUUGUAUUGGAUCCGAGAACCAAAUGUGUUUUCUUGGAAUGUUACAAUUAGGGGAUUUGUGGAAAGUGGGGAGUUAGAGGGAGCUGUUUUGUUAUACAAGAGAAUGUUGCAAUCUGGUGUUAUGAAACCAGAUAAUCAUACUUAUCCUUUAUUGCUCAAGGCUUGUUCUUUUCCAUCUAUGAAUUGUGUUGGUUAUACAGUACUUGGGCAUGUGUUGAAGUUUGGUUUUGAAUUUGAUAUAUUUGUGCACAAUGCAUCAAUAACUAUGUUACUCUCAUAUGGAGAGUUGAAGGCAGCGUAUGAUGUGUUCGACAAUGGUUGUGUGAGAGACUUGGUAACAUGGAAUGCCAUGAUUACGGGAUGUGUUAGAAGAGGGCUAGCUAAUGAGGCUAAAAAACUCUAUCAGGAAAUGGUGGCAGAGAAAGUGAAACCAGAUGAGAUUACAAUGAUUGGGAUUAUUUCUUCUUGUUCUCAACUGCAGGAUUUGAAUCUCGGCAGAAAAUUUCAUCUUUAUGUCAAAGAACAUGGCCUUGAGUUGACAAUCCCACUCAGUAAUGCACUUAUGGACAUGUAUAUAAAGUGUGGAGACCUAUUGGCUGCACGAAUUCUAUUUGAUAAAAUGGCACACAAGACCCUUGUUUCAUGGACUACAAUGGUUUUGGGAUAUUCUAGAUUUGGUUAUCUAGAUGUUGCCCGGGAGCUUCUGUAUAAAAUUCCAGAAGAGAGUGUUGUACCUUGGAAUGCAAUCAUUAGUGGCUGUGUCCAAGCUAAGAAUAGUAAAGAGGCACUGGCACUGUUCCAUGAAAUGCAAAUUAAGAAAAUCAAACCUGAUAAAGUUACCAUGGUUAACUGUUUGUCUGCAUGCUCACAACUAGGAGCACUUGAUGUAGGAAUAUGGUUUCACCAUUAUACUAAAAGGCAUAGUAUUUCUCUCGAUGUUGCAUUGGGCACUGCACUAGUUGACAUGUAUGCCAAGUGUGGAAAUAUUGCAAAGGCUCUCCAGGUUUUCCAAGAGGUUCCUCAAAAGAAUUGUUUGACUUGGACAGCCAUUAUUUGUGGUUUAGCACUUCAUGGGAAUGCCAGGGAUGCUAUAUCCUAUUUCUCAGAAAUGAUCCGUAGUGGCUUAAGACCUGAUGAGAUCACUUUUCUUGGUGUCUUAUCAGCUUGUUGUCAUGGAGGUUUAGUUGAAGAAGGCCGAAAAUACUUUUCCCAAAUGAGAUUUAACUUUAAUAUAACCCCUCAGCUUAAGCACUACUCGUGCAUGGUGGAUCUUUUAGGAAGGGCUGGUCAUUUGGAGGAAGCAGAAGAGCUUCUUAGAAAUAUGCCGAUUGCAGCAGAUGCUGCUGUGUGGGGUGCUUUAUUCUUUGCAUGUCGUGUUCAUGGCAAUGUUUUAAUAGGAGAGAGGGCAGCUUUGAAACUUCUUGAGAUGGAUCCUCAAGAUAGUGGUAUUUAUGUGUUGCUUGCAACCAUGUACAGUGAGGCAAAAAUGUGGAAGGAGGCAAGGAGUGUUAGGAAUAUAAUGAAAGAGAGAGGAGUAGAAAAGACUCCUGGUUGCAGCUCAAUUGAAAUCAAUGGCAUUGUGCAAGAGUUUGUGGCAAAGGAUGUGUUGCAUCCACAGUCUGAAUGGAUUUAUGAAUGCCUGAUUUCAUUGACAAAGCAACUGGAGUUUCUUGUGUUUAUAUGUGACAUUCCUGCUUAUGGAGAUGAAUUUGUUUCCUAAACUUGUCAGUUUGUUUUCUCUAUUUCUUGUGCUGAUUUAAUUACACUCUUCCCUGGAUAGCCUGUACCAAAUUUUCAUUCUAUCAAGGGUAUCCUACUUCAGAAAAUAUAUAAAACAAUCAUAUGGUACAGAACUAGAACUAUGGUAAUUAUUGGCUAGAACAUUGAUUCAAAUGAUGUCAUGUACAUUUUGGAGAAUACUUGCAUGGAUUGGGGUGUUGAAACCCUACGUUAAAUGACUUCUACACUUGGUUGGUUCUAUUUCAAGACUCUACGGGAUGAAGAGGAGGAGUAGGAAGAAAACUGAUACUGUAAAUUCUGUCUUGAAAUUGACCAAAGCAAGUGAGAGAUUGGACUCAAUAAAGGUCAUCCAUGUAUCACUGCCAAAGUGAACAACAGUAAAAUGGUAUGGUGGGCAAAAUCUUUGGUUGCUGCUACUACUGCCACAGACCAGACCCAUUUUACUUGUGAAUUGGAUUCAGGAUUGUCUUAAGGUCCAAGUAGGCUUUACACUAAGAGUUACCAAGAACUUCUCAAAUUCACCAUAAGAGUUUCCAUCAGAAGGUUUAUGAAACAAGUGAUGAUUCUUUUGCUCUGGUUGAUGCUCUUCUAGCUGAUUGCUAUAACAUGCUGGAAGAUCAUCCAUCAUUGUUCAUGGAAAUGGCGACAACAAGUGUUGAAUGAGAAAGCAAAUGAUAUCGGAUACUAGGAUGUUUUGUCCUGACAAGUUCUAUGUUUUGCAUUGGCAUGGCAUGCAGAAUGACUUAAAAAUAUAACCACCAAUUCUUACCUUGUCAGCUGAGGUCAGCUAUAUGGAUCAAUUGACACCAUCAAACUGUGAAAAACUUAACUUUCAAUAAAAAUCACUUCUAGCAA